UGGAGCACUUUGAUGUGAUAUUUUGCAUUGAUGGAUGAAAUAAUUCAAACUGUGCCAGAGCUCUUGCACACAUAGACGUGUACACAGUAGUGGCAUAUAUAGUAGGUAUGAAUAUAUUGCCUUCAUCUUCUCAACCAAAACAAAUGGAGGAGUCCUCGCAUCUGCCAGUGGAAGGAGAGCUGUCUCCAAUCAAGCAAAAAAGAAGUUUCAGCUUUUUAUCUCCCCGUGUCAAAACUGAAAGGCAGCACAGUUUGGAAGAGACUGGAUUUCCAAAGCGAAGAGGGUUGAAGUCUUUCUCAUCACUACGAGAGACAUCCUGGAGAAAGGCCAGAGUCCGAGAUGAAGAUGGUACCUCACAGCAACAAAGUGGUCUGGUCCAGCUGAGGAAGACAGGAAGAUUAGAAGGUGAACAGCCCAAAAAUGACUUGGUCUCUGAUGUCAGCGGGAAGGAGGGCAGCAUCCUAUCUGCUGAAGACAGAGGAAGAGAACGAGGAGGCCUCAAGAGGUUUAGUAACAUGUGGUCGUCUCUCCGGCGGCGCAAAAACGAUCGAGUGAAAGACCUUGCACCUCCAGAGCCACUGGGCCCUGUGGCAGUGGACAGCACAGCCAGGGAGCAACGCUAUGCCAGUGGCCAGUACUUUUUUGAGUACCUAGUUGUGGUUAGCCUCAAGAAGACCAAGGAGGGAGACUACCAACCUCAGAUCAAAUACCAAUUCCCCAAGAGAGAUGGAAUGGUAAAGUUCCAAAAGGAAGAGGAAGAGAAGACGCUCAAGGCAAUCACUCUGUUUUGUUUCCCUGAGGGCAUCAACUGGGCUCCUUUGACAGAAUACCACAGCGAGACCUUCUCCUUUGUCCUGACUGAGAUUGAUGGCAGCAGAAGAAAUGGAUACUGUAGGAGGUUACUGCCCAAUGGGAAUGGAGCUCGUCCACCUGAGGCAUACUGUAUAAUCAGCAGACUGGCUUGUUUUGGCCUCUUCUCCAAGAUUUUUGAUGAGGUAGAAAAGCGGCGGCAGAUCUCCAUGGCCAUGAUCUACCCAUUCAUGCAGAAGCUGAGAGAGUCUUCAUUCCCAGCUCCAGGCAACACUGUGGAGAUUAAGAGUUUCAUCCCUGAGUCUGGUACUGAGAUCAUCAGGCUGACUCGACCACUGGAUUCGUGGCUAGAGCACGUCAACUUCAUGACACUCUUCCGCUGCCUAACAGAUGAGGAGGUGUUACUGGUGUUCGCUGCUGUCAUCCUAGAGAGACGGAUUAUCUUCGUUGCUGAUGAAUUGGGCACUUUAUCCCAAGUCCUUCAUGCAGUAGCAGCACUCCUCUACCCAUUUACCUGGCAACACACCUUCAUCUCAAUCAUUCCAGAAAUCCUCAUUGACAUAGUGAUGGCACCUACCCCCUACAUGUUGGGGGUCCAGAAACAUCUGCUGGAUCUGGUCACCGACCAAAGUGAUCUGCUUGUGGUGGAUUUAUCAAAGGACAAAAAGGAGACAUUCAUUGUUUCAGUUGGCGAUGAGAAGUCUAUUCUGCCCCCAAAGCUCCAAAUUGAAAUCCUGGAGGCACUGAGAGACAGAACAGAAGGAACAACUGUGGAGGAGUUUAACCGGGUGGUCUCCGAGGCCUUCCUGCCCUUCUUUGUGAAAACAGUCGGCCAUUAUAACUCAUACGUCAAACGACGUGGUCCUGGAGAGCGGGGAGUGUUUGACAGGAGAAGUUUCUACAAGGCCAUCAAGUCCAAGACUACUCGACAUUUUGUGAAGAAGUUCAUUCAGACUCAGAUGUUUGACCUGUUCAUCCAGGAGGUGGAGCAACAACAGUCUGGACCACAGCAAGGAAUAUUCCAUGAAAAGAUCCGUGAAUACCAGGAAAAGAAGAAACCGUGAGAAGACAAAGAAACACUAGGUAUCACUAGUUCAUACACUUUAUGAUACCAUGGUUGUAUAUAGGGGAUUUAAUCGAGAAUUUAAGGUGUACAUGUAAAUGUUGCAAAUGUUAAGUUUUAUUUCAUGUUCAGUUUUUGUUUUUUAAUAAUUGUGUGUAAAAGUGAAUUCCUGCUACUGUAUUUGAUGAUAAUUUGAUGGGUAUGUUCAAUGCUGCUGCUACUGUAUGAAUGAUGUUGGCAAAAAGUGCUUUCAGUUCAGUUGUUCACAGCCUGUGACUAAAGUCUGAAAGAGGUACUGAAUAAAAUCAUUUCAAAUAAAGACUGAAUUUUU